AUGAAAUUUGGAAAAUAUUUAAGAAAUAAUAUGAUUUCAAGAUAUGAAGAAAUUUAUAUUGAUUAUAAAGGUUUAAAAAAAUUAUUAAUGGAUUUAGGUGCAAUUGAAGAAGAAAGAAAGAGUAAACAGACUAAACAACCACAUGGAAAUAAUAAUAAUAAUAAUAAUAACAAUAAUAAAAACUAUAUACUUCAAUUUCAAGCAUCUCAACAAGUUUCCGAUAGAAAUUCAAAAUUCUUAUUAUCAGUUUGGAAUCAAUUUCAAAAGGUUGAUCGUUUUAUUCAAGAUAAUGAAAAAGAUUUAUCAUCAAAAUCAAACUAUAUGGAAAGUUCCAAAGAUGCUCAAUUAAUUAUUUCAUGUAUUAAAGAAAUUGAAGAACUACAAAAUUUUGUUCAACUAAAUCUUGAUGGAUUUAGAAAGAUUUUAAAGAAAUUUGAUAAGAAAUUUACAAUUACAAUUGGUCAUGAAUAUUUUAAAAAUAUGAUUUAUUCACAUUUUCAAGCAAAGAUUUCAGUUUUAAAUUAUUAUAAUACUAAAUUAUCAAAUAUUUAUUCACUUUUUUUUGGUGACCCUGAAGAAUUAAAGAAUUCUGAAAGAUCUGAAAGUGGUGUAUUUAGUUUUUGUAUGGAUGAACAAGAGUAA